CCCUCUUCCAGAUUCUCAUUCGCUUGUGCAACUAUUUCUGUUUAUUGUAGAAUAACUUUAAAGUAUUUGAAUCCCGUUACACGUUGUUGGUUGUAUAGUAUCUAUAUUUAGUUCCGUGCCCGCUAAUGUCCAGCGGAAGCUGCGCGUGGGAGCGUCGGUGAGGGGCGGCUGUAACCCGACCCCGCUGCGUGUUUGUCGGCUGUCUCCAGGACCAGGCCGACCCUCGCUGCUCUCCCAGCAUCCAGUCACUCCGUCUCGGCGAGGAAUCGGCCCACAGAGGGAUGGCUCAGUUCCAGGAGAUGAUGCGGCAGCAGCUGGAGGGCUCCAUGUACGCCGAGCUGCAGAAGCUGCUGGGCACGGCGUCGGGGGCCGACAAAGAGGUGGCCAAGAAGAACCUGGAGGGCUUCGCCAACCUCUUCCAGAGAUUCCUGCAGGUGAAGGGCCCGUCUGUGGAGUGGGUGAAGAUCCAGAGGCCCCCCGAAGACUCGAUCCAGCCCUACGAGCGCAUCGCGGCGCGCGGCCUGCCGGACAACGUGGCUGACAGCCUGAACAAGCUGGUGGUGGUGAAGCUGAACGGCGGUCUGGGCACCAGCAUGGGCUGCAAGGGCCCCAAGAGCCUGAUCAGCGUCCGCAACGAGAACACCUUCCUGGACCUGACCGUGCAGCAGAUCGAGCACCUGAACAAGACGUACAACACGGACGUGCCGCUGGUCCUCAUGAACUCCUUCAACACCGACGAAGACACAAAGAAGAUCCUGCAGAAGUACACACACCACCGGGUCAAGAUACACACCUUCAACCAGAGCAGGUACCCCCGCAUCAACAAAGAGUCGCUCCUCCCCGUGGCCUCCAGCCUGAGCAUGAGCGGGCAGAACGCCGAGGCCUGGUACCCGCCCGGCCACGGCGACAUCUACGCCAGCUUCUACAACUCGGGGCUGCUGGAUCAGCUGAUCGCUCAGGGCAAAGAGUACAUCUUCGUGUCCAACAUCGACAACCUGGGCGCCACCGUGGACCUGCACAUCCUGCACCACCUGGUGAGCCAGCCCAACGGCAAGCGCUGCGAGUUCGUCAUGGAGGUCACGGACAAAACGCGCGCUGACGUCAAGGGAGGAACGCUGAUCACCUACGACGGGAAGCUGCGGCUGCUGGAGAUCGCUCAGGUGCCCAAAGCGCACGUGGACGAGUUCAAGUCCGUGUCCAAGUUCAAGAUCUUCAACACCAACAACCUGUGGAUCUCUCUGCCCGCCAUCAAGAGGCUGCAGGAGAAGGCCGCCAUGGACAUGGAGAUCAUCGUCAACCCCAAGACGCUGGACGGCGGGCAGAACGUCAUCCAGCUGGAGACGGCGGUGGGCGCCGCCAUCAAAUGCUUCGACAACGCCAUGGGGAUCAACGUUCCCCGCAGCCGCUUCCUGCCGGUGAAGACCACGUCCGACCUUCUGCUGGUCAUGUCCAACCUGUACAGCCUGGAGGCCGGCUCGCUCACCAUGAGCCCCAAGAGGGAGUUCCCCACCACGCCGCACGUCAAGCUGGGCAGCUCCUUCACCAAGGUCCAGGAGUACCUGACCCGUCUGGAGAGCAUCCCCGACAUCCUGGAGCUGGACCACCUGACGGUGUCCGGAGACGUCACCUUCGGGAAGAACGUGUCGCUGAAGGGCACCGUCAUCAUCAUCGCCAACCACGGAGAUCGGAUCGACAUUCCAGCCGGCUCCAUGCUGGAAAACAAGAUCGUCUCCGGGAACCUGCGCAUCCUGGACCAUUAGGGAACCCCCCAAAACCCCCACCACCCCCACCCCAUCCUUACACCUCCAGGGAGCCGGCGCCCUCUGCUGGCCGAUCCGGCGCCCUCUGCUGGCCGAUCCGGCGCCCUCUGCUGGCCGAUCCUCACAUCACCUCUGUUGAUCCGGAGCUGCUGGAGUCUGAACCUCAUCAGAGGAAACGGCUGCAGUGACCCCCCCCAGCAGAAAUGAAGAGCUGCUGAUGGAGGUGUUGGUGAGAGGAGUGGGACACUUUCACAAUAAGAGCACUUAAGCCCCUCCCACACCUCCACAGAUGCCCUGCAGCAUUCAGGAUCAGCCUGCAGCAACAGAAUCCACAGGAGGAUUGGAGACAUUUCCCAAGAUCUGGGAGGAUCAGACUUCCUGUUAUCCUCGUCUCCCUCGCUCUUAUUGGCUGAACCACGACGGAAUCCGUUCUGAGGUUUGGAUCUUCUGGUCCUGCUCGUUUCUGUGCAGAACCAGAUCACGCCUGCAGUUUAGUGCCAGCAGGGGGCGCCGCCUGCCGUAGCAUUAACAUCUGCGCAGGUGAACGCAGACAGGAAGUCCUCCCUCUGUCCGCUGUGACGUGUUCCUGUUUCCCUCCUCGUCUGUGCUGUUUGUGUGGAGCGUCUGCUCCGACGUCCGUUCAGACACUCUGGAUGAAGCAAUAAGAUCUGUGAAUCCACCAGGUCUCCGCCAAGUUUUGCCUCAGAGCUGAAUAAAGUGCAAUAUGAAGAAA